GUUUUGCUGUCGGCAGCUGUUGCCUGCGAGGCCGUUACAAUUGGAUCAGGUAUGUCAAUAUUUUGAUAAUAAUUUGCAUCUGGCCCUUGCCUCGGCCCUAGUUUACUAAUCUGAAACUGUUUACACUUUAUACCUAAAUAUUAGCCGUCAUUUAUUUAUAAAAUGUUUUCUCAUAUCCAAGGCUGUGAAGGAUCUGAAUGCACCAAAACCAUAGAGGUAUUGACCAAAACGGUCGACUAUGGAAAGCCGACCCAGCACGCUGAUUACCUGAACCAGUUCAAUGAGAUGAACUCUCUUACUGGGGACCGAAAACAUCGCGAUGCGGCCUCUGUCCUACCGUUCAUCGGCCUCACUGGAAGUAAGUUGGGCAUUGAUCGCGUAAAAUUUACUGAACUCAACCUCCCACGGCCUCCAUAAACUCACAGCAAUGAGUUUGAGCUUGACCUUGGCCGAAUUAAUUCGGCCUGUCAUGCUUUGUAGCGAUUUUUUUCUAUUUGUCACACAUUCGUCUUCCUGCAUCGAUGUUUGUAUAUUUGUCUUAAUUCACACAAACAACGUAGGCCAAGCCUGUUUUUAUUGCGCUGUGAUUGAAAACAUGGCUCUGUAGGAAUGUUUUAAAACAGCUUCCAGACCUCUGGACAGUGUCUUGGUCUCCAGGCCAUGGCUACUUUAGUAGGCAAACAUUAUGGAACGUUGCAGAUAACAAUUUAAUUAAUAGAACCGGCAUGGUUACUUAUUUUACAUGUCAGAGGCAUGUUUAUUCUCAAUACUAUAGUUAUAUCUGAUUGUUGCAUAAUGUUGUGCCCAGCUGCUGAACACACCCUGGGGCUAAAGCCUGAGUGUAAAUAUAACAACACUCACACCAUCCAUAUUAAACGUCUACCCUAUGUCGUUCUCUCCUUUUAAAGGUGCAAAGCAGAGUCGAAACUGCUGUAAAAAUGGUGGUACCUGCAUCUUGGGAAGCUUUUGUGCAUGCCCACCACAUUUUACUGGCCGGAGCUGUGAAUACGACGAACGAGUCAGGUAAUUUACCAGUAUUUCUAGGCCUGUUUGACUAUGUUUGAAGUCUGAAAGUAAUGUAUCUAGCCUGUAUUGACAUGUAUCUCUCCCUGCUCUGUCCCUUUGCUUACAGGAGCUGUGGUACCAUUCCCCAUGGAGUGUGGGUUCAGAAAGGCUGCUCAUACUGCAGGUGUGGAUAUGGGGUCAUGCACUGUUUUCCUCAGGUGUUCCACGAGGACUGUGGUAAGAAUGCACUUUAUGACACUUUGAUGGAUGUUUAGAUUUCUCUCUCUCAAAUGUUUCUCAAGUGUCUGAAUCCUUUAUUUAGACUUGGAUAAGAGAGGAAGAUGUUAGGUAUUAGCUAACCAGUUUAACCUCCAGCUUAGGCCUACUUACUUAGGCCUACUUACAUAUCAGACCAGACUUUGUUUGGGUUGAUAAAAUAGGAGUGGUCUACCGGGUAUCAUUUCCAAGGCCUUUGAAAGUAACACAGGGACAGGUAUUAUCAUAGGUGGCACCAGUUUGGCCGUGAAUGGGUGAUGAGAACCCAUUUGCACCUCACUGGGAAACAGAAUGGGUUUCUGUAGAUCAUCACAGGCAGCAGCUCUGCCCUGAAAACCUACAAAAGAUUAUUCAGAGGCCUCAAGAGAGGCUGGGUUUUCAGGUCUGAGGAUGUGCUAACGGCCCCAUUUCCCCGAUUCACAUUCCUCCAUUUCAGUCAGUCCACUUUAUUCAUGCUACAGUUCCAAUUUAGUUUUUCUCAUCUCUUGCCAUUUCAGACGUCUUUUAUUCAUGAUAUUUGUUGUUUUUCUUCCUCUCCUUUUUCUUUCAGAUGAGGACCAGGAAGUCCGCUGGUUUCAUUCGCCGGGUGUCCGAAUGAAGCAGACCAAGUACUUCCUGUGUCUAGGACUACUGUUUUUGGUUUUGGUCGUUCGAGAAGCUACUGGUGAA